AUGACGACCAAAAUAGCAGUCUUCCUCAUGGCAGACUACGGCCACGACCCCACUGAGACCGCAAUCCCCUACAAAGUCUUCGACGAAGCCGGUAUUCAAAUCUCCUUUGCCACGGAGAAAGGAAGUCCCGUCGCCUGCGACAGCAAGAUGCUCACUGGCUGGACACAAAAGAUGCUGGGUGCCGACGCAGGCGCCAUAGCGGCGUACAAUGAGAUGUCGCAAUCCAAAGAGUGGCAAAGCCCUGUCUCCUACUCGGACGCGAAGUUCACGUUACUGAACUAUGACUUAGUCUUCUUACCUGGUGGGCAUGAGAAAGGUGUACGACAGCUUCUUGACUCGAAGCGAGCGCAGGAGUUGGUGGUCGAAUACUUCGCCAACCUCAAGAAACCAACUGUGUGUCAUGGUGUUCAACUACUCGCGCAUUCGAAGAGAGCAGACGGGAAGAGUGUUUUGCAUGAUCUGAGCACGACUGCGUUGCCGAGUGUGUUUGAGAAUACGGUUGAUUAUGGUACCAGAGUGUUUUUGGGUGAUUAUUACAAGACGUAUGGAGCUGGGACGAAGAAUGUUGAGCAGAUCGUUAGAGAUGCCUUGGCCGAUCCGGCUAGGCAGUGGAAGAGUAGUGGGAACCCUGGUGCGCCGUUUGUGGUGGAGGAUGAGAAGCAUAACUAUGUCAGUGGGAGGUGGCCUGGUGAUGCUGAGGUGCUUGCUAAGAGGACGGUUGAAUUGUUGUUCAAGAAGAGGUAA